CUCCCAGAUAAAACUGUCAGCCUUCUACUGUGAUACAGCACAUCUUGGAGGCAGAAGAGAAUCGAAUUCUCUUCCCACCUGGUAGUUCAGACUGGAGUUUCCAGAGGCAGGAAGCCUGUCGAACAGGGGGAGGAACCGCCCUUUCUUGACCCAAAGAACUCCAUCUCUGAGAGGAACCGGAAGGUGGAAGGGAAGCUGCCUUAGGGGAAAUCCACGCUUUGGGUCAUAUUGUUCCUGAAUGAGCAAGGAGAUACUUUAAGAAGACCACAAACUCAAGAUUCUGGAUUCGUUGUGGGGGCACAUUGGUCUUCAAGGGAUGGGCCUUUCUGCAGCCUGGUUCAGUGCAGGACUGGCAAUGCUCAAAGUGCAGGCAGGAGGAUAAGGCCGUGUCACCAGGACGGUGCUGCACCUUGGACUACUUCUAUGGAAUAUCCCCAUCUACCUCAGAUUGGGCUCAUUUGCCUGGUGGGAGCUGACUUGGAAGCUGACUUUGAGAAUGAACGGUGAUGUUCUCUAGCCACCCCUAACACUCUUUGGACACCCUUUCAUUUCCAGUUCUUUUUCAAUGUGCCACAUCUGGCUGAACCCUUGGUUCUUCUGCAAAUAGACUGACGAUAACUGACAGUCAGAUAUGACUGUCCAGAAACUGGUGGCCACGGCUGUGUUAGUGGCCCUGCUCUCACUAAUUCUCAAUAAUGCAGCAGCCUUUACCCCCAACUGGGUGUACCAGACACUGGAGGAUGGGCGCAAGCGAAGUGUGGGACUGUGGAAGAUAUGCUGGCUGACUGAGAAGGGGAAAGGAGGAGCAGGCAGUGGAACUCGAAGUGGGCAAGGGGAAGAGCGAGAAUGUGAAGCUUUGAGCUGGGGGUCUGAUUCAGCAGGAUUCCAGGAAUCACGAAGUACGGUCAAACUGCAAUUUGAUAUGAUGCGGGCCUGUAAUCUGAUUGCUACCAUUGCCCUCACCGCAGGACAACUCAUCUUUGUCAUGGGGCUGAUGGACUUGCCCAUCAUUUCACAGGACACCCAAUGGUGGGAAGAAGCCAUUGCUGCUGUAUUCCAACUUGCAAGCUUUGUUUUAGUCAUUGGCCUAGUAACUUUUUACCGAAUUGGUCCCUACACCAAUUUGUCCUGGUCUUGCUACCUGAACAUCGGAGCUUGCCUUUUGGCCACCCUAGCAGCUGCAAUCCUCAUCUGGAAUAUUCUUCACAGAAGAGAUGAUUGUAUGGCACCUCGUGUUAUUGUCAUCAGUCGCACCUUAACUGCUCGAUUUCGUCGUGGGCUAGAAAAUGAUUAUGUGGAAUCACCAUGCUGAAAGUCAGGAGAGGUAGUGACUAUGUUUUAGAUCAGGAUAGUGUCUGUAUACAUGUGAUAAUUUAAAAAGUAGAAACUGAUGGACAUUACAAGAUCAUUUUCAAUAUUUGUGAAGUGACUUUUGAUUAUUAAUUUUAUGGGUUACAGCUAUAUACAUAUGUAUGAUACACAUAAAUAAUAUGUAUAUUAUAUAUAAAUAGAUUAUAUAACCCCUACCCCUACUUUUGUACAGUGAUAAAUUUUUUAUGUCACAUAAUUUCACAAGCACACAUUUUUCAAAUGUAGUAGCAAGCCAAAAUUUGUGAAAUUAUUAAAGAAAUAUGCAAGAUGAAGCUACUUUAUUCUCCAUCUUAGUUUUUAAGAUUAAUUUAUUCUGACAGAAGUCAUGCCUCAAUCUUGGUAAGGCUUCAACUUUGGGAAUGCUGAAUACACAGAAAGACUUAGAAAAUGUCACAGAAAUAUGUUAAGUGUAGCUGCAUUUACAACCAAAUGGUUAAAAUUUUCUUACAGAACCUUGUCAUUGCUUUAUAUUAUGCCCCAAUUAUUUUUAUAAUUUAAAAUAAAAGAUGAACAUGCUGAACUUUCUUUUUAAAGUUUAAUUUUCUCCACGAAAUUAUAUGAAUUUAUAUUAUUUUGUCAUUUUGGUGGGCCCAUUAUAAGAAGAAGGGUCAAAAUCAUGUCCUAGAAAUGCGAUGGAAAAGUAUGGAUGAUAUCACUCUCUUUACAUUUUCUAUAUAAAUGAGUUUUCAAAGCACUAUUUCUGCAAAAAGCAUGAAAAUUGAGUUCUUUGAUAUGUUUUGGUGUCUGGAAGAUUAUGAGGGAAAUUAACCUAUUUUGCUUUAAAAAAUUUAAACCAUCAAAAAACUCACUUAACCAUUUUAAUAACUAUAUUUGUAUGCAUACAUUUAAAAUUAUAUGAGUUGGCUCCAAUGUUUAGGUAGCCCAUAACAAUCCAACAGUGAUACUAUGUGUAAAUAAUAGCAAUCACUUUUUUCACGACAUUUUAGUCUAUUCACUAGUUUUUUCUGAAUGGGUACAAGAAAUCUUAAUGCACAUGUCAACAUAAUGAUUAAGAACAACAACUUGUUAAAUAUAUGAAGGUUAUGAAACCUUGUAUUGUUUCUGUUGUGACUAAAUAAAAUACUUCUGAAAUUUAA